GUGGCUCAGGGCGAGUCUGAGGGGGCUCACAGGUGGGACCGGGAAGAACUGAGGGAGAGGAAGCAGCUCCGGGAGGGAGGAGAGCAAAAGGCCGGACACACUGGAGUUGAUCUCCAAGGAAGACUGCUAGGGAACACGUCAUGUGCCUCCGUUCAAGAUGCCUCUGCGAAGCUGGGCAUCCGACCCAGACCCCUCACCACCUAAGCAGUUAGUCUUCAGCAACUGACAAAACCUGCCCUGGAAUCUUGAGUGCUCAGCAGUUCACCACCAGCUGCAGCAAACAGCAGAGUGGAAGGAAGAAAAACUUGGUCACUUUAUUCUUAGGCUCGAGUUGUGGUGGCUCCAGGGAAGAGAGCAAGGGAAUCUGGUUUUUAGGUUUGGUAGAGGAUAGAAUUAAGGCCUGCCAUUUAAGUAAUCCCUUCAACCUCUUUAGUAUAUUAUUUGUUUUUCCCUUUUCCAUCCAUUCUUUAAUAGCUGGCUGAAAACAUUGGAUUUACGGAAUAAACGUUUCCAUCCAUCUAAAAGGUGCUAUGUCUCACCAGUGAUUAAAUUUAAAUCUUGGAUAUUUAAGAAGUAAGCAGUUGUAUGCAAGCAUACUGCUUACUAAAUGUUGUCAUUUCUGCAGAGGAAGCUCCAUGCUAACUUUUCAAGGCCUGGUCACCCAGCUAGCGAAACAAUUGUAUUCAUCUUGACCGUUGAAGAAUGGUUGCGUAUAUCACAGAGGCCUUUCCUCAGACGUGAAGUGUAUUUUCCUGAUCAUUCUGAUCUUUUGCAACAUGAGUGCAAGCAGCCCUUUGAAAAAAGGACUGUUUCAGCCACACGUCCAUUACUCCUUUCUGAAAACAGCAUCUGAAGGUUUGUCUCUGAGUGAAGAAGAUUUCCAUUCAAGUAUGCAUGACUCCCCAGAGUCUGAUUCUGAAAGCCUUGCUCAAGAAAUACAGUAUCAGUUUGAGCUUCAGAAACGGAUCCAUAAAAGUGAAGAGGUGGUGGGCCAGUCUUAUGAUGAGCUGGAAGAAGACAGCUUAGAGACAGACAGCCUGGAGGAGAAAUCCCUGACCGAAGAAGAACAGUCAGAGGCAGAGGAAAUUCAGACUCCAAGUGGAAGCAAUUGUGGGGAGGAAAACUAUAGUAAAGCAAGUGACAAAGAAGAAAUGGUGGACAGAUACUCUGAUCUACGAUAUGAUCCCAAUUGGAAAAAUAAAGGGGUAGCAGGUUUUACUGACUUAAAGGAAUCCCACCAAGAAAAUGGCAAAAGCUCACCAGUCCUCUCCCUUGGUUUGACCUGCAGCCCUUCCCAGUUCAGGUUCAUAGACAGGAAUAAUCAGCUACAGAAACAGCUGCAACGUAUACCAUCCAUAUUUGCUAAAGAGCCCUCGAACUCUUGUGAACAACCCACAAGUGUCAGCAACAGAUCUGAUCAACAAUAUAAAGACCAAGAUAAUUAUCAGGAACGAGUCACUGUUUACCACCAUAACAGCAAUUGUAGUAUAUAUAGCAAUGGGUCUUCUACCUCGACUAAAGCAUCGAAACGACAGCAAUCAGAAAAGGACUUUGUAGUAAAGAACAAACUCACUCUGGGGCUAGCAAUCCCACCACACAAUUCCUAUCUUCACCUCCAUGGUAAGAUGCAAAGGGAAGGCACCAAAGACAGCUCCUCCAUACAAAGACCCUCAGAUGGGCUGAAUAAGCCAAGGUACAUCCUGGAAAGAAAACUCAAGUUCUCUCGAGCACCCACUGGAAGCCAGCAUGGAGGACAUCACAAUGUGUUGGAAUUUGAGAACACUCAGACAAGUUCCGACUCUUAUGGAGAAGUCCCUGAUUUGGAGGAGGAAGGCAGAUGUCCGUUGAAUCACAGAUUAUAUCCUAAGCUGCCUAUCACUCCUCUCCAGCCUUUCAUUGUGAAUAAUUCCGCAGUAGGGCAGACUAACCUGUUCCACAGGGACUCCAGCUACAUUGUUCACCAGAAUGGCAAGGAAACUAACACGAGCUUGGCUUUUGCUAGGAAUCCUCUCCAGUCAAGUUCAUAUCAAAACUUUCCUGGACUUCCUUCACCAUGUUCUAGUGAAAAGAACAAGCAAUACCAACACAAUCCUAAACACACUUCCGGAUAUCGCCAGCAAUAUCCAUAUAGAUGUACCAUUUCAGAGCCCCAGUCUGUCUCCAGAUAUGGCACGUCUCAGAAGCCCUUAGGACAAAAAUGCUUUUCCUAUUUGUACAAUGCUGCUCUUCAACAGCCAGGAAAUACAGAAGCUUCAGCGUGGAACCCCAAAAAGAUUAAUACAGAGAAGACCCCUAGCAACUAUGUUUCUGGUAAUUCAGGGUCAUCUCAGCCAUCUGCUCCUGAUCUGAGAAGCACCCCUUCUCCUGCCACCUGGCUCAUCCAAGCAGCAGAGCAUCAUCAUCAAGAAAUCUCUCGACUGGUAGAUGACCAUCUUGCUGGAAGCCAGUUCACUGGUAUGCUUCCGCCCAUAAUACAGAGGGGAGAAAGUGACUGGCAGCUCAAUAUGGAGAGCAGUGAAGAAAGCCAACCUGUUCUGAGCCGCAGCAAUUCUGAAGGCUACCUGCUUCAGGUGGAAAAGAAGAAGGAGAAAAAGAAUAGGAAGGGUUCUAGGACAAAAGGCUACAUGAAGAUGGACGUGAAUCUUGGGGGCCUUGGACCCGACUACGAAACCAUCAGAGAGAAAUCUGAAAAGAUAAAGCAGAAAAAGGAAUAUGCCAAGCAAAUUAAGGAGCACAACAUGAAGAGCAUAACAAGUGCACAGAAACCACAACCAAGACCUGAGAACAAGUCAUCCCUGUCAAGGCAGAAGGCUCUAGAAUAUGCUAAGAAGAUCCCUAAACCAAAGGUUUACCUGUCAAGGCCACCUGAACAGGAACCUAAAGAUGACCAAAGUCUGGUGCGUCCUUUAGAUGGAGAGAAUCUUCCUCCCAUUUCAUCCCUGGAAUCUUUGCAGAACAGGCAUGAAAAGGAGAAACAAGUCGUAGCUGCAUUCAAAACCCUUCAUAUCGUAUGAGGAGCCGAAAGUGGCAGAAUCUGUAGCAGGCCUACCAGGCAACAGAGAGCUGAACUGUGUUGUUCUGCAGAUGGUCUUAGCAUGAUAGUUGCCCGGUAUCCCAAAGGACUUAAAUUAUGAGCUUCUGCUGUCACAAAAUGGUUUUUCAAGGUGUGAAAUAUUUUUACUUUAUCCACUCAACCUCACUUAUUUUUGUCAGAUUUUAUUGUUGAUGAUUAAAGAGCUAUAAAUAUGUAAUGUU